AUACCGCCUCCCAAACGCCGUGGAGCUUCCAAUUCACAGCUGCCCUUAAGCGCGCACGCUGCAGUAAGUCUGAAUUCUCCGGUCCUCGUCUGGUUUCAACCUCGUCCCUGGAGAGCCCCUGAGUUGUCCCACCACGGCCUUAAUCGAUAACCAUUCCCCUCGUUAUGCGCCUUGUUGGAACCUGUGCGCUUUGAAGGACUGACAGAGCAACCGCCCACAGGCAAUUGAGCGACCAUGUCGACCGGACAGUUGACGCGACAGCGUUCAGCCUCGCGGGGCUCCUCGGUGCGCUCAGAAAACCAGAUGAAGCCGCCAACUCCAUCAAUAACUCCUGGGACCGACGAAUUCGCCUUUGAUCCUUGCGCCGCUACCGCCUCGUUUCUGCUCUAUGCGCAGAGAAAUGUCAUCUUGUGCCUGCAUCAUGACACACUGGCCAUCGAGCGCCGCUUCGAUCGCCACCGGGAAGAUGUGUCGUGGAUUUCGGUAGACAAUGUUAGCGAGAGAGGGGCUGGGAGACUUGUGGCCAGCUAUGAUACCGGAAGUACUGCCAUUAUCUGGGAUCUUUUCACGGGCGAUGAGGUGGCUCGGUUUGCCUCCUAUGAGCAGAUCCGCGUCGCAGCCUGGAUGCGGAACGGAAAUGUUGCCUUCGGCAAUGCACAGGGGAGCGUAAUUUUGUUCGAACCAUCGACUUCCGAACACCUUUCCGCUCGGACUAUCUUCGACCCUAUCACUGCGUUGGCCCCUGCAGCCGACUGCAGAACCUUCGCAAUUGGAUAUCUCAAUGGAUCCAUUCUCAUUGCGACGCUCCAGCCUUCCUUCACCAUUUUGCACACACUGACAACACCAAGAGCUCCCUCGCCCAUUGCAGGUCUUGCCUGGCAUGGAUCCUCCUCAAAGCAGAAAUCGGAAAUGUUGGCUGCCCAGACUUCAGACGGAGACUUGAGGGUUUGGAGUGUGCCAAAAGUGGCCCAUAGCGGAGAUACACCGUGCGUUAUUCGCAUACUCAACAAAUCCGAGCAAAGAGAGCCUGGACCGUGUUGGUUCGCCUGGUCGAAGAAUGGGCGAAUUGUCCAGUAUACUGAGGGCCAAACUUGUGCAUGGGAUGUUCGCACGAAAAGAGUCACGUACGAGACUGUCCCCACCAUUGACGGCGUUGCUGCUAUUGCCAACUAUGGCCCUACGGCUACCCUCUUCACCUUGGGGCGCAAUCAUAGUGUUCAACAGUACGACUUGAAUCCUAAUGGUAAGCCGGCAAUGGUAGCAAAUGUGCAACACCCUCCCGCAAACACGCCCCCAUCACCUCCAAACUCACUAGACGAUAUCAAGAAGACUGAAGAAACACCGAUGACGGCACGCCCAAGAGGCCAUGGGACCGGGCAGUUACUACCCGAUUCCGAAAGUGAAGGGGAAGGUGUAGCAAUGUCCCCUCUCCAGAAGAUUGCUCAAGAAAUGGAUCAGCUUGAUGAAGAGCGUAGGGACAGACUAGGUCCACUAAGUCCGGUCUCUAGUCGAGGGUCGCAGAGUUCCCGAUCAUCGGGCAGUGCUCGCGUACCGAGAUAUCGUUAUGAUCGUCCCAGUGUGGGGGCGCGCUCAUCGAAGAGCUCUCAAGGCACUAUAUUCUCCUCCGGAACUUCCUCAUUUGCCGGGACCUCGCGAGAGAGCAUAUCAAUUCGGUCCACAUCCUCCGCCACCUCUUCGCGUUACGGCCAAUCUGGGCUUCGCAAGGAAGUGCUACGCAGCCCGGACGAAGCCCAGAAGAUGAAGUUGAUGGAUCUUUUCCCUUUCACCAAAGCGCGAUUGAGCGAAGUUCCCUAUCGAAACUCCGACCUAGGCCCAAACAGAAGUCCAGAUGACCUCAGACAGAAUAUGCUCCGGGUCGUUUUCGGUUGGGAGACGGACAUUGAAGAGCUUGUGCGGGACGAGCUGGCACGUCAUCCUCCUGGGUCUGCUGCUGCCGUCCUUCUGUCGAAGUGGCUAGGCGAGGUGGGUGCCGAUUUGAUGGCCUCCAUGGUCGGAUCAGAGUCUAUGACAUCGUCAGACUGGAUGCUGCUUGCACUCAGCUCCAUGGGUCAAGAUUCCCAGAAGAAGGUCGGCGAGGCUUUUGUACAGCGAUUGCUGGAGAAGGGCGAUAUCCACCCAGCAGUGGCAAUUUUGCUCGGUCUCGGUGAGCUCAACGACGCGAUCGAAGUAUACGUCUCAAGGAAGUAUUAUUUGGAAGCCGUGUUACUCACCUGUCUCCUCUUCCCUACCGACUGGCAACGGCAAUCGUUCCUUGUCCGCAAAUGGGGAGAGGUAUCGGUCACUGAGGGUAAGGCGGAGCUCGCGGUCAAAUGCUUCUCCUGUACUGGCAUAGAAUCCUCGGAGCCAUGGUUCUCUCCAAGAGCCCAGGACGCAGUUUAUGCGGCACAGCAGCAGCUGUUCAAUUCUCAGCUCAGCCCGCCGUUAUCUCCUCCCACCGCAUCCAACCGGAUGGCAUCCAAGCUAUCAUCUCUUAAACUCGUCACCAACUUUGGACAAGGCAAUAUGCCACAACAGAUGACCGAAGAUGACGAUCAGACUCCGAUGAACCCCGGCGUCACGCCUAUUGCAGAAUCUGCUAUAACCCCAGCUGUAGGGAAGACCCCUUGGGGCAGCAGAGCUGCACGUGAUGCCUUCCGCGAACCUUCAUCCGCAAGGACCGCCACCCCUGGCGCAUAUCGACGGAAACGACUGCCUUCAAGAACUGACACGGAGCGGUCAGCAGCGACCAACAACGAGCACCUAGCUUCCCUGGCAGUACCCGACAGAGGACAGCGUGGAGAGUCCAUUCCGAGGACUGCAGUUGACAACGUGGGCCGUGAGGCGGAGACUCUGCCUUUUUCCACCCGAGUGCGAUCAGCAUCCGUGGAGCCAACAGAGACCGUUCUGAGCUCUGCAACUUACGCUCCGCCCAAACCUAAGGAUCAUUUGCCUUCACCCGCUGUUGGUGUAUUCGACAAUCUGAAGGAGACCAGGGCGCUGUCUCGCGGCAGUUCCCGAAGCCGCAAGCCAGUCGAUUUACAGCUCGAUGUCAAGGAGACCAUUGUUGAGCAAGGACCGGAGACCGGAUAUUCCACGAAUGCCAGCCCUCCGCUGACGGGAGCGAGCGUGCGAAGUGCCAAAGCUCGCGGCAUUGACAACUAUAUCAACAGUCUGGAAGAAGCGAACUAUUAUGCGCGCCAACGCGCGAACUCGAGAAACGAGCAGAGACCGGGCUCACGCCCAGCUAGUCGAACGACGGAUCGCGCUCGCAGCCGCCACCGCGAUGCUUCUGAAUCCCGUGGCCGAUCUGGUGUUCGUUACAUUCGUCCCGCGAAACGCUCCCCAUCGUCUCCUGUGCCCAUGUCACCGGAAGAUGCGGGUAUUUACUCCAAGAGCACCAAAGAGGCAUCCACCAGCACCGAAAACGUCGACGACGAGAGUUUCUAUAGGGUGGAUGUGGUGUCGCCCAUGGCCACGGAGUCAGUCGCCAGCUUUCGAACCAACCGGAGUCGCGCGAGAGUGGGUGUGAGCAAGGCGAGGUCUUCGUCUAAAGCUGCUCGCCGUACUGAGUCCCCGGACAAUGGUCCUGCUCGCGCAAGGAGUCGGGCUACCAGUAGAGCAGCCAGUCGCCGCCCGGCUGAGGAUCGCGGACGGAGUACCACUCGCGCUGGUAUACGUUCACCGGGGUCUCCCCAACCUAUGUUCAGGGAGGAUGCAGAGUCGGGUGAGGAUUUCGAGCCCGUGCGCCCGCGCCACCGCAGCACCAGUCGUCGUCCUGGUGAGCGGGCAAGGAGCACGCGUGCCGACCAGUCGCCAGAUCGCCGUGUGCCGCGAGACCGAUCCAUGAGCCGCAAAGUCCCUACUCUGCGUGAAAGCAGCCGUUCGCGUAUCACCCGGGAUUCUUCCCCUGAGCGGUUGCCUGAUCGAGUAUAUGAGACGCGACCAGAUUCUCGUCACUCGAAUCUCUCCGGUCGAUCUGGUGUCCAGUCCCGGCCCACCACUCUGUCACGAAAGGAGUUGGCCGCGAAGGAGCUGGAGGAGCGAAGAUUGUCGCUAGCGAGACGUCCCUCCGCGCCCAUCAUCCCUCUUCCAGGAGAGCUUGCUUUCCGGCCUGUCAUUGCGGAGCGAUCCUACACUGAUGAUUCCAACUUCCUCAAUACCAUGACAAUGCAUCGCGACCCGAUCCAGAGAAGUCAGACCGCCGACCCCGAAAUUUCCAAGAGAUACUCUCCCACGACACGUGGGCCAGUGAGUGCGAGUGGUAAUCCAAUACCGAUGGGGCUGCCUGCAAAUCCCAGAGCCAUGCGACACAACCGCACCAUGACUGCGGAACCAGAUCUUCGUUCUGAUAUCCCCGCAGUGCCCUCCAUUCCUGCGGAGCAUGUUCCAACAGGUCCAGCGGCUGAGGACGACCUAGGGCCACUCCUACCUGCCACUACCUUCGGCCAGCCAGUUCCACCUAUGCGGUCGGCAUCAGCCCCGCCGGAAGACAUUGCUCAGAUGAGUACCGGUCCACGCAUCUCACCUACCUUUUCCAGGCGGGAAUCUCUGAGCAGGAGAGGGAACACUUCGGAUGUACCAAACUACAAACGUGUCAGCCCUCCGCCCAUCACUGCCAGUAUCGACGAAACGAUCCAUGACAGCCAAGUCGUGAUCAUUGAGCAACAAGAUCCAUCCGCUCCUCCUCUCCUUGCUGAACUUCAACACCUUGCUGGUCCGCCUCCCCCGCCUCCGCCGCCACUAUUCGCGCACAACUCCAAGCCUAGUCUGGGCGUCAUCAACAUUGCCAUUGACGAAGAAUCGGGCGAGAAGCAAGGCCCAGUCUCGCCCAUCUCAGCACCUCCGCCCACCGGCUCUCCCCAUGUCCACCGUCGUGGUCGUGGCAGCGUCAGCGAGAAUAUCGGCAUGACUUUCAAGAGGGUCACGGAGAGGAUGCGCAGCACCAGCCGCUCCCGCAACAAGUCGCCGCCCCUUACCCGCGAGAUCGCUCCAUACGAAAGCAUCCCCGAGUUAGCCAUUCCCCGAAACGCCGGCACGAAAUCCCCUUCCGAGACGAGUGACUCGCAGUUUGGCAACCUCGUCCCGCCUCCUCCACCGCCACCGCAGCCGCUGGAGCAGGUGAUCCCGCCGACGACCGACGAGUCCCAGAAUUCACAGUUCCAGGGCUAUAGGCAUCCGAAGGAGGUACGGGCCAAUAUGCCGCCUGAGACGCUGCAGCAGGGGGUUUAUCGACCCGUGAGGGCGAACAUGCCGCCCGAGACGUUGCAGCCCGGCGUGUAUCAGAAUGUUGAGACGCCCAUGAUUUAGGGUGGAAGGGCGUCUUUGCACAUUAAUAUCGAGUUUGUCCCUUUUUCUUUCGUACGCUUUUUUCGAGAUGAUUUACGGCCUGUUUACUUCCCAUUCAAACAUGGUUUUAUCUAUUUACGUUGUUGUUGUUGUUCUUCGUU